GAAACUGCACAGACAGGACUCUAAAGUUAGAAUCUCCUGAUUUUUCACAAGAUGCUGGACUGGAGAUUGGCAAAUGCACAUUUUAUUCUGGCUGUGAUGUUGAUGCUGUGGAGUUCAGGAAAAGUACGCUCAGUGGAUGUAGCAACAGAGGCUUUUGAUUCUGGAGUCAUAGAUGUACAGGCACCGCCCACAGUCAGGGAAGAGAAAUCAGCUACUAAUCUGGCAGCAAAACUCUUGCUUCUUGAUGAACUUGUGUCUCUGGAGAAUGAUGUAAUUGAAACAAAGAAGAAAAGGAGCUUCUCGGGUUUUGGGUCUCCCCUGGACAGACUCUCUGCUGGCUCUGUUGAUCAUAAAGGUAAACAGAGGAAAGUAGUAGAUCAUCCAAAAAGGCGAUUUGGUACCCCCGUGGAUCGGAUUGGUGGAAACCGUCUCUCUAAUUCCAGAGGCUAAUUGAUUCCAACCACACGACUUCCUCUGGUGAAAUGUCAAGAAACAUGGAAGAUGCUUCAGUGAAGUUCUUUACAUUCAUUAAUGAUUAAACAUUUAAGGAACUGACCUUCUGCAAAUCCUUUCCACAGUUUGAACUUCAGUCCAUCACAUCAUAGUAUUGUUAUAACUUCAAUUAAAUUAUGCAGACCAUUUCAAUGCAUG